GCAGCUGUCAACUGUCAGGUCAAGUCAAUAGAUUUUAGGUUAUAAAAUUUCAAAGAAUCUUCAAAAUAUUGCUCUUUUUGUGUAAAAAUCACGAUGUCGCUACCACCAGCCAGUGGAACUGGAAGAUAUUUUGCCAGAGCAGCGAAGUCCAUUCGAUUAAUCCGGCACGGAUGCACAAAUAGACCAUUUUAUCACAUCUCUGUUACUCACCGAAGAAGAUUGAACAGUCAGCCUGUGAUUGAGCAGUUAGGCUCUUACGACCCUGUCCCUAAUAUGUACAAUGAGAAACUAGUGGCCCUAAACUUGGAGCGGAUCAAGUUUUGGCUCGGACAAGGAGCUCAUGUGUCCAAACCUGCGGCUGAGGUUCUCGGCCUCUCCGGUUUCUUCCCGAUCCACCCCCACUCCUAUAUGACAGCAUGGAGGAACCGACAGGCGGAACGAGAGAAACUAGCCAAAGAACAAGAGGCCCAAAAGGCUGAAGAAGCAAAAUAGAUUAUAAUUACAUGUAGUUAAAUAAUUUAAGUUUAGAUAUUAGUAGUAAAGAGUGUUAUGCUAUUA